CUUAGAUUCAAGAAAUUAUAUAAAUGCACGUAAUUUUAAUCAGUUCUUAUUAGCGAAGCAUAUCUUGCAGAAAUGAAAGCUACGAUGUCGCCGCUAUACCUUGUUGGUUUAUUAUUGUUAGGGUUAGUUUGUGGAAUUCACGCAGAAGAUGAUGUCUGCGGAGCCACGGACCAGGCGGCGUACCGCCCCUGCCCCACCGUUGGCCUGCCCUGUGUGAGGAACUACCUCCAAGUCCGCUCCGCCUGCCAGUCCUUCUCCAACGAGGACCGGGACUCCUUCGUGGGCUCCCCCGUGGACCUCUACGCCGCUAACUUCAACCUCAGCGCUGUCCAGACCAACAUUCUCACUGAGGGCUUCAGCAACGCUAGGCUUUUUGAGUUCACCGUCAACCUAGAGAAGGACCUUAUUGUGUUGACCGUAGAGUACACGAACCUGACCCUGAAGAACCACUACGACUACAGCUACUUCCAGCCCUCUGAGGAGCCAAUCACCUUCCAGGAAUACAGCACCGAGCGAUACCCUCACCUGUACAUCACUUCCUACAUCAGUGGAGUGAACAACCCGCAGUGGGCCUCCGCCUACCACGUUCACUACCAGGAGGGGACCGUCGAGAUGAGCUACGAGCGAGAGUGCGUCGACGAAAAUGAUGGUGUCCUGGACGCAGUUCUUAAGGACGUGAGGGCCAACAUCGACAUCGUGACCCGGGAGGUGUUCCUCUACAGGAACCAGCAGAUCCAGGAAUUCUUCGUUAAGCGCAACCUGUGCAACUUCUUGCAGUAAUCAUCGACUAUUUAACUAAUAAAAUCUAUCUAUAAACAUUA